AUGGCCCCCGUGACACACACAACAACAUCGACACCCUCUUCUCAGCGCCAUUUCAACUCGAAAUCCGCAGACAGGUCCGUCGCGGAUGCUGUCCCUAUCGAGAGGCAGGCUACAUUCGAGAAGCGACAGCAGCCAUCUCCCUUCGAUGGCGUCCGGGAACGGAGGGCCAAGGCCGGCAAGCUGAUAGCAGGCGUGGCCGCGGCCUCUGAUAGUGAUAUGUUCAAGGCUCCUGCAGUCGGCAAGCCCAAAGCAAAGCGAUGGGACCACCACCUCUCAGCUGAGUCUCUCUCACGGCACCCGUGCUCUCUGAAACAGGCCGCCCGCCAUCUCAAGAAACCGGGCCUCAUCUCCCUCGGCGGUGGUCUGCCGUCCAGCGCCUACUUCCCCUUCGCCGAGCUCUCCGUCCGGGUCCCCACGGCCCCGCACUUCUCCGAGGCCGAGACCCUCUCCUCCGGCCAGCUCCUCACCGUCGGCAAGUACGACACCCGCGACCCGGCCAAGCCCGACGCCGAGUACGACCUCUCCAUCGCCCUCAACUACACCCAGUCCACCGGCUCCGCCCAGAUGAUGCGCUUCGUCACGGAGCACACCGAGCUCGUCUACAACCCCCCCUACGCAGACUGGCAGUGCUGCCAGACCGUCGGCUCCACCGCCGCCCUCGAGCAGACCCUCCGCAUGUUCUGCGACAAGGACCGCGGCGACUCCGUCCUCACCGAGGAGUACAGCUUCUCCACCGCCCUCGAGACCAUCGCCCCGCUCGGCGUCAAGGCCGUCGGCGUCCCCAUCGACGCCGAGGGCCUCCUGCCCGAGGCCAUGGACGACAUCCUCUCCAACUGGGACCCGGCCUCCCGCGGCGGCCGCAGGAAGCCUCACCUCCUCUACACCGUCCCCUCGGGCCAGAACCCCACGGGCGCCACGCAGUCCGCCGCCCGCCGCCGCGCCAUCUACGCCGUCGCCCAGAAGCACGACCUCUACAUCAUCGAGGACGAGCCCUACUACUUCCUCCAGAUGCAGCCCUACGCCGGCUCCGCCUCGGCCCCCGCGGCGCCCCCGCCCGCCUCCGUCGACGACUUCCUCGCGACGCUGAUCCCGUCGCUCCUGAGCAUGGACACGGACGGCCGCGUGCUGCGGAUGGACUCCUUCUCCAAGGUCCUCGUCCCGGGCUCGCGGCUCGGCUGGGUGACGGCGUCGGCGCAGGUCAUCGAGCGCUUCGUCCGCCACGCCGAGGUCGCGAACCAGGGGCCCUCGGGCUUCUCGCAGGUCGCCGUGUGGAAGCUCCUCGACGAGACCUGGGGCCACGAGGGGUACCUGCAGUGGCUGAUGAACCUGCGCAUGGAGUACACGCAGCGGCGCGACUGGCUGCUCGCCGCGUGCGAGAAGCACCUGCCGCGGGACGUCGUCAGCUGGACGCCGCCCGCCGCGGGCAUGUUUCUGUGGCUCACCCUCGACCAAUCCCGCCACCCGGACGCCUCCUCGCGCCCGCUCCUCGAGAUCGAGGAGGAGAUAUUCGACUCGUGCAUCGACAAGGGCGUCCUCUGCGCCAGGGGCUCGUGGUUCCGCACGGAACAGGACACGCCGCUGAAGGACCUCUUCUUCCGCGCCACGUUCGCCUCGGCCAGCGAGAAGGACAUGGACACCGCCAUCCAGCGUCUGGGAGCCGCCAUCAGGGAGAGCUUCCGUCUUUCUUGA